UGAGGUCUGAGCGCCGAGCUCAGCCGGGGUCGGCAGAGAGGGGCUCAGCCCGGAUUCCCUCCUCGGGAGCCUUCCCUCCGGGCUGAUUCCUGUCCCGCCGGCCCCUCACCUGGCUGCAGCGAGGGCGCCGCGUUCCGGGGACCCAGAGGCGCCCCGGGAGGCCGGGCCCCCAGGCGGGGGUGCCCCAGCCGCUUCCAGACUGCGGGCGGGACCCACCGCCGGGUCGGGAAACCGCUUUAGUAGCUGGUGACCUGCCUGUAAUAAACGAAAUAGAAAGCAUCAGAGUGAAUGGCAAGUAGCAAGGGGCUCUACCCAUCACCAACAAGACCCAGCCCUUUGACAGCUUGAGCCACAUUCUACAAACAAGAUGGCGGACAAAAGACUUCCCUGUUCUCUGAGCCCAUGAGGGGCGAGCCCCCGUGCAGCCCAAAGAUGGGGAACGUCACUGCAGACAACUCCUCGCAGGUGCCCUGUGCCAUUGACCACACCAUCCACCAGACGCUGGCCCCGGUGGUCUACGUCAUCGUGCUGGUGGUGGGCUUCCCAGCCAACUGCCUGUCCCUGUACUUCGGCUACCUGCAGAUCAAGGCCCGGAACGAGCUGGGUGUGUACCUGUGCAACCUGACGGUGGCGGACCUCUUCUACAUCUGCUCGCUGCCCUUCUGGCUGCAGUAUGUGCUGCAGCACGACAACUGGUCUCAUGGCGACCUGUCCUGCCAGGUGUGCGGCAUCCUCCUCUACGAGAACAUCUACAUCAGCGUGGGCUUCCUCUGCUGCAUCUCCAUCGACCGCUACCUGGCCGUGGCCCAUCCCUUCCGCUUCCACCAGUUCCGGACCCUGAAGGCGGCCGUCUGCGUCAGUGUGGUCAUCUGGGCCAAGGAGCUGCUGACCAGCAUCUACUUCCUCAUGCACGAGGAGGUCAUCGAGGACAAGGAGCAGCACCGCGUCUGCUUUGAGCACUAUCCCAUCAAAGAGUGGCAGCGCCGCAUCAACUACUACCGCUUCCUGGUGGGCUUCCUCUUUCCCAUCUGCCUGCUGCUCGUCUCCUACCAGGGCAUCCUGCGGGCCGUGCGCCGGAGCCACGGCACCCAGAAGAGCCGCAAGGACCAGAUCCAGCGGCUGGUGCUGAGCACGGUGGUCAUCUUCCUGGCCUGCUUCCUGCCCUACCACGUGCUGCUGCUCGUGCGCAGCCUCUGGGAGUCCAGCUGCGAGUUCGCCCAGGGUGUCUUCAACGCCUACCACUUCUCCCUCCUCCUCACCAGCUUCAACUGCGUGGCGGACCCCGUGCUCUACUGCUUCGUCAGCGAGACCACCCACAGGGACCUGGCCCGCCUCCGCGGGGCCUGCCUGGCCUUCCUCACUUGCUCGGGGACAGGCCGGGCCAGGGAGGCCUGCCCCUUGGGCACCCCUGAGGCCUAUGGGAAGAGCGGGGCCCACAAUGAGGAGCCCGAGUUGUUAACUAAGCUCCACUCAGCCUUCCCAGCCCCUGAACCGCCUGGCACUGGGGCAGCCCCCACGGGCGGGCUGGUCUAGCCUGGGUCACCCAUGUGUGCAGCUAAGGGAGGCCUGAGCCUUCAGCCAACUAGCCCUGUGGCCCUGAUUUGCUUGCCGGCUGGAUCCCACUUUGCCAACUGCAGGUGUCUCUUUCUGCUUGAGAGAGAUGGCCCAGGCUUCAGCAAGGCCUCUUGGGCUCCAGGAAGCCUGCUCUGGCUCGCUGAGCUCGGUGGGAUUGUUGAGUGUGGGAAUGAGCCCACCAGCUCAUGGGUGUCGUCUGCUGCCGGCUGGGAGGCUGUGGGGCUGGGCCGUUGGUGGGAGGCCAGAGAACUGUCACCUCCAGGAGGUUUUCAAAGAGAAGCUAGGAUGGGGGUGUGCAGAGAAGGACAUGGAGGGGGUAAAGGUUGUUGUGGGAAGGUGGGUACUGAGUGGGCACCUGCCAGGACCCCCUGAUAUGCUACUUGUUCAAAUGCACCAGUGUUACCUGAGGGGGGACAUGUGAAGCUGUAUCAUCAUUAACAUUUGUACACCACCCCACAAGGGGGUG